AUUUGGAUAUCAAGAAUCUAUUGUCUCUUCGAAUCUCCUCGAGGGUUGGAUAUACAAAAAGGAGAGGAGGUCACUGGCACGCAAAGAAAAGCCGUUCAAGAAAAUCAAAAGAGAGAUAAAUACGAUGUUCAUUCUGAUUGGACAAAAAAGGUUUUCGCUAAGCGAAGACCACUCCAAAUCCGUUCGACUUUUGACACUGCGAUAAUCCAUCAUCGACAGCGACCGACGACAGCCAUGGCCCCCUCCGACAACAAGACCGGCAAGAACAAGGCCAACGCCGCCGCCAAGGCGGUUGCCAAGGGCGCUUCGCUUCACAAGUCCCGCAAGGUCCGCACCUCGGCCACCUUCCACCGCCCCAAGACUCUCCAGCUGUCGCGGUCCCCCAAGUACCCCCGUGUGUCUGUCAACCACGGCCCCGCUCUGGACUUCAACAAGAUUGUUCUGUACCCCCUGAACACUGAGAGCGCCAUGAAGAAGAUCGAGGAGAACAACACCCUCGUCUUCAUCGUCAACGUCAAGUCCAACAAGCGCCAGAUCAAGCAGGCUCUUAAGAAGCUGUACGAUGUUGACACCGUCAAGAUCAACACUCUUAUCCGCCCUGACGGAACCAAGAAGGCCUUCGCCCGUCUUACCCCCGAUGUCGAUGCUCUUGACAUUGCCGCCACCAAGCUGGCCAUUGUCUAAGCGGGGAAUGCUUGAAAAGGGAUUUCUUAGGGUUUUGGCGAACUUUGUUUUUCACUACGGUGAUGCUAAAAUACCAGCCGGGCUGAAUGAUCAAAAAGAACAUAACUUGUGAAAGUGAAAUGCACGAUUCCAGAAGAAUCGCCGGACUUGUCGGUCCUGUAAUGGCUAAGACAUGUUCCAGACCACAUA